GCUUGGUCAACUUGCGCGGCGCGUGUCCGCGAGCAUGAUAUAGUGAUGCUGAAAAGAUGGCAAGAUGAAAUGGAUACCCUUCUGAUCUUCGCUGGUCUAUCCUCGGCCGUGUUUACCGCCUUCGUGAUCGAAAGUUGGCCAAUGCUGCAGGCUGACCCGACGACAGUCACAACGCAGAUUUUGCUCCGCAUCUCCCAGCAACUCGGAAGUUUGACCGUCAACACUGCAUUCGUGAACUCGACUGUUCCUCCUUUCUCGUCCAUGGAAGGGCUAGAGCUACCAACAGCACCGUCCUCUCCCAGCGUCAGAAUCAACAUUCUUUGGUUUUUCAGCCUGACGUUGUCGCUCGUGUCUGCCCUCGGUUCCAUCCUCAUCAAACAGUGGGUUCGCGAGUAU